AUGGAAGGAGAGCCGAAGCAGGUGACGGGGUACCUCCUCUUCUCUCUGGCCACAGCGGUGAUCGGGUCUCUACAGUUUGGAUACAACACUGGAGUCAUCAAUGCUCCUGAGCAGAAGCUGCGGUCCUUCUUCAACGACACCUGGAUGGAGCGAUACGGCGAGCCCAUCAGCCCCAGCAUAUGCACCACGGUCUGGAGCGUCUCUGUCGCCAUCUUCAGUGUGGGAGGCAUGGCGGGGUCCUUCAGCGUCGGGGUCAUGGCCAAUGGACUGGGAAGACGAAGAUCCAUGUUUGUGGUGAAUAUUUUGGCUGUGAUCGGGGGCCUCCUCAUGGGCGGCUCCACUAUCUGCUCCUCGUAUGAGAUGGUGAUUGCUGGUCGUCUGGUUAUCGGACUGUUCUGUGGCCUCUUUACUGGACUCACCCCCAUGUAUGUGGGGGAGUUGUCCCCCACUUCCCUCCGCGGAGCCUUCGGGACCCUGCACCAGCUCGGGGUGGUGGUGGGCAUCCUCAUCGCUCAGAUCUUCGGCCUGGAGAGUCUGCUGGGCUCUCAGAAGCUGUGGCCCCUGCUGUUGGCCCUCACAGUGAUCCCUGCUGUGCUCCAGUGCAUCCUGCUGCCGUUCUGUCCUGAGAGCCCACGCUUCCUGCUCAUCAACCUGAAGCAGGAGGAGCAGGCCCGGAAAGCCCUGGUGCGUCUGCGAGGUUCUGAGGACGUGAGUAAAGACAUGGAUGAGAUGAAGGAGGAGAGCGCCAAGAUGGCUCUGGAGAAGAAGGUGACCAUCGCUGAACUGUUCCGGUCUGCGGCAUACAGACAACCUCUGCUCAUCGCGGUCAUGCUGCAGUUGUCACAGCAACUGUCUGGGAUCAACGCAGUCUUCUAUUACUCCACGGGCAUCUUUCAGUCGGCCGGAGUAAAGCAGCCGAUCUACGCCACAAUCGGAGCCGGGAUCGUCAACGUCAUCUUCACCAUUGUCUCCCUCUUCCUGGUGGAGAAAGCCGGGCGUCGCACUCUGCACCUCCUGGGUCUGGGGGGAAUGGCAGUCAGUGCUCUACUCAUGACAAUCUCUCUGCUUCUGAAAAGCUUCACCUUCAUGAGCUACGUGGCCAUCCUGGCCGUGAUGCUGUUCGUGGCCAUGUUUGAGAUGGGUCCUGGUCCCAUCCCCUGGUUCAUUGUCGCGGAGCUCUUCUCUCAGGGCCCUCGUCCGGCCGCCAUGGCUGUGGCCGGCUGCUGCAACUGGACCGCCAACUUCCUGGUUGGAAUGAGCUUCCCCAAACUGGUGGAGCUGUGUGGUCCCUGGGUCUUCCUCAUCUUCACCGCUUUCCUCGUCUUCUUCUUCAUCUUCACCUUCAUCAAAGUGCCGGAGACCAAAGGCAAGACCUUUGACGAGAUCGCUCAGGGCUUCGGUGGACCUCCUCCUGCUCCCAGCUCCAGCUCCACCCCCGCCGAAGCACCGGCCUCCACCACCAUCUCCUCCAGGUCUCCAGAUAGAGAGAAGGUCCCUCUGGUGGAAGCUGCUCCUGCCAAGACCCCCACCUCCGAGACCAAGGCCCCCAAAACCAAGGCCUCAGAGAACACUGCCUCCGAGACCACGCCACUCAACGAUAAGAACGCCAUAGCUCAGGAGAGCGUGUAG